AUGAAUGUAGCUACACGUGAUCUGCGCAGUUAUCACUUAGCACGACUGCUGCAUCUAGUCCCGCAGCUGCAUCGUGUCUAUGCUGAGAACUGUUUUUUAGUCCCACUCUUCUUUUCAAGUGUGAGUCCAAAAGCGAAGGCGCACGCCAAACUUAUACUGCUAUGUUUACACCGCCGACUUGGCCCCACAUGUACACCAGAUGUGUAUGAACACAUACUUUCCUUCUUGUCAUUUCCCGAACUUGUUGAGUCACCAGAAACUCUAUUGGGUUCUCCGUCACUAUUACAUUCAGACCCUGCUGAGCAAUUACCACCUACGUGUGUUAAAAAGAGAAUGCGAGAGGAGAUGGAAACAGGGGUAUCACCAGUUUCUUUACAAUCAUCCGUUCCAGGUGUGAUGGAAACAAAUGAAGGAGUAGAAAACACAGAGAAACAAAGUAAGGAACAAUUAGAAUCACCUGAACAUCAUAGUGUACAAGAGGUAUUAACAAAUAUUACAGAUGGUGAGAAGAGGGCGGGAACUAGAUCAACAACAACAGAAACACCUACAACUACAAUGACAGAUCCAAUAUUUCUUGUUCGUCCUCCAGGGACACUUAAUUCUGAAAAGACCAUGACACAUCUUUUUGUUCGUAUGGUAUCUGAACAUCAACAUAAUGAAGAAACUAUGAACACUUUUUUUGGUCGUUAUGGUCAAGUUUCAUGUAAGUUACAACAAAGGCGAUCAGUUCAAGAUACCAGUCGUCCAGGUGUUGUAAUUCAUGUUCAGGAUUUUAUUGUGACUGUUGAUUCUACGCAUAAUGCUUUUCAGGCUGUCCGUCAUGCAUAUUAUCCUGAGUUAGCCUUUAUCGCACUUCAUGAUCCUUUAUACAAUACCUAUACACUUACCGAUGUAGAUCGUGUCUUGCAUGAUGUGCCUGUAGAGAUAAUUGAAGAGCCAUGUAUUCGUGAUGUUGCCCUUGAGGGGGAUGAGACAUUACCCCCAUCCCAUUCAUUUAUACCGGAUGUGGUUGUCGAUGGAUUGCCGUACUGGCUCACCGUAGAUCAACUGCGGGCAUCCUUCUCACAGUAUGGACGUGUAGAGGAUGUGCGCAUUGCGGUGGAUGAUCGCAGUGGUGCCUUUACGGGUGCCGCGCUGCUUCGCAUGUCUUCAGUGGAGGAGGCGGUGGCGGCAUCUGAAGGUCUUAACGGUGAAAUGUUGAAGGGCCACACACUCGUGAGUGGUGUGCUGAACAGCAAUCUUGACAUUGUUUCCCUGAGGCACGGGUCGAUGAUUCAGCGGGCGGAUGAAGUUCUACCAGCGGACUACGAUAUCACCGUGAAUGGGAGACGAUGGGUUUAG